AGCUUUUUAUUUAUAUUUUGCCGUUGAAUUUAAUUUUUUGAUGAAAUCAAAGUAAUUCACGAAAUCGCGUGAAUUGAAUUAUUGUCGUGGAAACUUCAAAACAUUGAAAACAUCGCAGAAAUCGACGGUUAAAUUAUCAUUUAAUUUAGCAUUGCCUUUAGCUGGUUAACCUGAGAUUGCAGUCUAUACGGACAAAAGAGUUGAUGCUGCAACAAGAUGACCGUCACGUACACAGCGGAAGUUGCCACGUGCAGAGGAUUCGGAUGCUUCCUCAAGCUCCUGCUAAGGUGAGUCAUUUGGAAACUCAAAUUAAUGGAAUUUUAAAAACUCUUUUCUUUUUCAAGAUGGCGCGGAAGCAUCUACAAACUUGUGUGGGUGGACUUGGUGACGUAUCUUUCAGCUUAUUACGCACUUAAUUUCCUUUAUCGAUUUUAUUUGGAUGAUGAGCAAAAGAAGUGAGUAAAAAUGGAGAAAGGCGUGCUUAACGUAACCUAAAAAAAUGUUGUUAACAUUUUGUUUGUUUUUCGUAGAAUAUUCGUGGGUCUAGUCCUUUAUGCUUCACUUUACACCAAAUACAUCCCAAUUUCCUUCGUUCUUGGCUUCUAUGUGACCAUUAUCGUGAAGAGAUGGUGGGAACAGUACACAACAAUUCCCAAACCGAAUUCAAUAUCAAUGUUUGUGAGUUCUUACAUCAUCGGACAGGUGAGUUAUGAAAUUCAAAAAGUAACCGUUGACAUUGUGAUCCCUUCAUCAGGUCCUUGAAAUACUACAAAUAAUGGAUUUUCUUACAGGACGAACGAGGACGAUUAAUGAGACGAACUAUAGUCCGAUACGUUUGCCUCUGCAUAACAAUGGUUCUAAUAAGAGUAGCCCCAAGAGUGAAGAAGCGCUUCCCAACGCUCCAACGGCUCGUGGAAGCUGGCCUCCUAACGGACAGUGAACGAACUAUAAUAGCCAAAAUGGAUGAACGUUUUCCGCGUCCUUCGAAGCAUUGGAUGCCAAUUGUUUGGGCAGCAAGUAUCGUGACGCGUGCCCGGAAAGAAGGUCUCAUACGGGAUGACUUUGCCGUCAAGACACUUAUUGAUCAGCUUAACAGCCUUCGUGACAGUGCGAGUAUUCUUCUCAAGUACGACACUAUCACCAUUCCUCUUGUCUACACACAAGUAGUCACCCUGGCCGUCUAUUCGUACUGCGCCGCAAAUAUUUUGGCAAGCCAAUGGUUUGAGAGUAGUGAUGAAGGGAAAGAUCAAGCCUUAGAUGUCUACUUCCCAUUUUUCUCAACGCUUCAAUUCUUCUUCUACAUGGGAUGGCUGAAAGUAGCUGAAGUCCUCAUUAAUCCCUUUGGGGAGGAUGAUGAAGACUUCGAAGUGAAUUGGAUGAUUGAUGAAAAUCUCAAAGGAUGCUACAUGAUUGUCGAUGAGAUGCAUCAUGAGCAUCCGGAGUUGAUGAAGGAUCAAUACUGGGAUGAAGUCUUCCCAAAUGAGCUUCCUGGUGCGGAAGAAUUUCACGAACAACACCCAGAAGCAUCAACAUCUAAGCUUGAGAUUCCAGAAGCUGAAGCACACCUAACCUCUAAAUUGCCACCAAAAAUCAUUGUGGAUGACAUGGUACGAGCCAACAACCAAAGACUUAAAAAAGAGUUUUUCUGUUGUUAACCUUCCUUUUUCAUUUGUUUUUGCCUAAAUAGAGUGAUGGGAAUGUCGAAAAUGGUCAAGAUCAACCAGGACAGAGUGCAGAGAACCUCGUUGAUACUGUCACAAUGGCAUUUGAGCGUUUCUUCAGGACAGAAGAUGAGCAAUCAAUGCAAUACUUGAAGGAAACUACCCAAGUAUCAACUGCUCCGAGUAGGGCCAGCUUGUCUGAAGGUGCAAAAGUCACGAUUACUGUUCCAGAUGGAAGUCUUGAGGAAGACAAUGAGACACCUGAAGAUGAUGAAUUUGAAAAACUUCGCUUAACUCGUGAAAAAGAACGCCAGGAGAGGAAUAAACUGUUGAUUUCCAACCCUACACAAGACGUUGCAACAACUUUAGAUAUGAGCGCUUUUCUUGAACAAAUUAUUGACAAAAAUAUGGAUAAAAUUGAACCAGAUUCAGAUUAAAAGCUUGAAUUUUCCUCUUUACUAUCCAUUUUUUUCUCUUUUGAUCCUCCGUGAUGCUUUUGCGGAGUUUUAAAUUCAAAUAUGGCGGAUUAACAGUUUUCAUGUCUUCACUGUCUUCAAUUUCCACUAAAAAAAACUAAGAGUGCUAAGAUUUAGGGGCUUUGGGGCCUUCUUUGUCGUUUUUCUUGUUUCUAUCAUACUUUUCCUUAUAUUUUCUGCAAUUUUUCUGCACAGAAAAUGCUUUUUGAGCCUUAAAAUCGUUUAGGGGAGAUCGGGGUAAAGUCAUUUUGGAAUUUUAAAAUGCCAAUUUCUCCAAACUUAUAAAUCGGAAAAAAAAUUAGAGUGAGAAGCCCAAUCAACCUACAAUAUUUGACUGUACAUAAUUUGAGGAUUAUCCGAUCAGUAUCUACUUUAGAAUGAAAAUAAAUUUUUGGCCCAUUCCCCAAACUUUUGUGUAUUGUGGAAAAUCUAUUCUCCGAAACUUUUCUUUUAGCAAUUUUCCAAUCCGAUAAUUUUUCUCACAAGCUGGGUUAGUAUAGAAAAUGUUGCCAAGAUGUAUUUUUCACAAACUUUUAAUGAUUUUUCUGAACAAAUUAUUAAAUCAAAAUACGCCUCUUGGGGUAAAUAUAGUCAACUAAUGUAAAUCAUAUGAAACAUCGAAAUUUUUGACAUAUUUACUAACCAUUUCUCUGUUUUAAUGGUUAUAAAAUUAAAAUUUCUUGUCGCGGUUUAUCUGGCGAAUAUUUUGUUUUCUUUUUGUGAAUUAUGCGAAUAUUUCUGAAGAUCUGAAUGCUUGACUUCACAUGAACAUCUUUUGCUAAAAAUUGAACAACUCAAAAUCGAAAAGUAAAACCAAAAACGUAUUUAAGACUUUUUGGUUUGAGUUUAGUCUUUUUUGAGACUUUAAUAUAUUUUUUUUAUGCAGUUUUGGAACUGAAAACCAAAAAUUUAUCGGCAUGAAUUGUUUUUUUUUUGUUACAUGAACUACUUUUUGGCUCUCUUGUUAGCUCUUAAAAACAGGACAAAACGUUAAAAAAAAUUAAAAUAUGAAAUUUAAUUAGAUGUGUCCUUAAAUUAAAACUCGCAAAAAAGGUAUUUUGUAGUACAAAUAAGUUAAUAAUUGAGUCAACAAAGAUAAAAGUUGAGUCAUGAAAAGAUAUUUGAGUCACAAAUAGUCUUUUCUGGCGUCACAAUUGGAUAGUCUUUAGCUAUUUAAUGAGAAUUUAAGGAUUUUUUUUUAAUUAAAUUUUUCUCUAUAAGAAAAAUUCAAAAAUCUCUCCAAAAUGUCUCUAAAAGUUCCCAUAAUUCCUAUACCAUCCCUCUUCUGUUUGAAUUUACUACUUUUCAGUUUAAUUUAAGUCAUUUAAUUGUUUUAGCUGUGUUUCUUUCAGACACAGCUUUUGUGUACCGAGCAAAAUCGAAAGUCGUCAGAUCGGGCUCAAACUUGGGAUGAGCACGAAUUAGGGUCCCCACAUUCCAAAAAACGUAUGCGCCAAAAAUAAGUUUUUUUCCGGCCGGCCGUCCGGCCGUCCGGCCGUCCGUAGUAUAACGCUAAAUUGCGAGAGAACGGUGAUAGAUAGAGACUUGCGGUAAACGGCAAAGUUUAAAUAUCGACUGGAAGACAUCCGAUUAUGAGGUCAAAUCCACCCCCCCUCCCCUCCGUCCGCCAUUUUGAAUAACCUCAAAAUUUUGUUUUCGCUAUAUCUCAGCCGCUAUUAUAGCUAGAGGGCUGAAAUUUUGAUAUGUUGUAGGGGCCAUCAAGAGCUUUCCAACGAUACCUCAUUUUCGAAAAUCGGUCAAGCCGUUUAGUCAAUAUGGCCGCCACAAUUUUUCAUCGAAAAUCGACCAUAACUCGAAAACGGAUUGACCGAUUUUGAUCAACCCGGGCUCAAAUGAAAGUUCUCAACAAACCCUACAACUCUCUAGAACAUACGAAGUUUCAAAAGUGACCGCUAGGGGGCCAAAAAUCAAAAACAAAAUUUUCGAUGAAUAUCUCGAAAACGCCAUUAUCGAUUUGCUUCAUUUUUUGAUAUGUUAUAGCUGACUAUAUUAUCUAGCUCCAUGCCAAAAAUGAAGAAAAUCUAUGUCGCCGUUCUCGAGAUAUAGCCUUCCAAAGUUGGCAUGUCAUAUCUCGGGUUCUACAAGUCCGAUUUUGAUCAACUCAAGUGCAAAUGAAAGGUUUCGUGAAGCCCUACAAAUGUCUAG